AUUGUCAGAAAGGAACUGUAUAGAAAUUGUCACUAAACUGAUUGCGGAAAAGCAGUUGGAAGUAGUGCACACACUUGAUGGAAAAGAGUAUGUCACUCCAGCGCAGAUUAGUAAAGAGAUCCGGGAUGAGCUUCAUGUUUGUGGUGGUCGAGUAAACAUUGUUGACUUACAGCAGGUAAUAAAUGUGGACCUUCUGCACAUUGAAAACAGAGCUAACGACAUCGUUAAAUCAGAAAAAACUAUUCAGCUUGUACUGGGACAGCUUAUAAAUGAGAGUUACCUGGAUCAAUUAGCAGAAGAAAUUAAUGAUAAACUACAGGAAACUGGCCAGGUGACAAUAUCGGAACUCUGCAAGGCAUAUGACCUUCCAGGAGACUUCCUGAUACAGGCAUUAUCCCGGCGUUUCGGUAGAAUUAUUCACGGACAACUAGACCAGGAAAACUGUGGGGUGAUUUUUACAGAAGCCUUUGUGUCCCGGCAUCGAGCACGCAUUCGUGGUCUCUUCACCGCGAUUACUCGGCCUACACCUGUGAGUAACUUGAUCACUCGCUAUGGAUUUCAAGAACAUUUACUUUACUCUGUGCUAGAAGAACUUGUUAACACUGGUCGUCUAAAAGGCACUGUGGUUGGUGGGAGACAGGAUAAGGCUGUAUUUGUUCCAGACAUCUAUGCCAGAACGCAGAGCAACUGGGUGGAUUCCUUUUUCAAGCAGAAUGGUUACCUGGAAUUUGAUGCGUUGUACAGACUUGGCAUCCCCGACCCAGCAGGUUACAUUAAAAAAAGGUACAAGUCCACACAACUCUUAUUUCUGAGAGCAGCUUGUGUUGGUCAAGAAAUUGUGGAUCAAGUUGAAGCCUCUGUAGAGGAAGCCAUCAGCUCUGGAAACUGGAUAGAUGUAGCAACUCUUCUGCCCAGUUCGUUGUCAGUAGAAGAUGUUGGGAUUUUGCUUCAGCAAGUGAUGAGAUCGUUAAACAAAAAUUCUUCAGGAUUAGUCUUCAGUGACACCAUUGUGGUCAGUGAGAAGUUCCUAAGCAGCUGUACUGACCUGUUUUCUGAUAUGAUGCAACAGAAAGCUGAAAAGGAAAUGAAAAAUAACCCUGUUAAUUUAAUCACUGAGGAAGACUUAAAACAUGCUUCUGUUUUGGAGAAUUCAUAUGCUAAUAAAAAAGACAAAAAGGAUGAAAGAAGAAAGAAAGCAACAGAGGGCAGUGGGAGCGUGAGAGGAGGAGGAGGAGGUAAUGCGAGAGAGAUCAAGGUUAAGAAAACCAAGAAGAAGGGAAGAAAGGAUGCUGACAGCGAUGAAGAGUCCCAGGCAACUAGCACAGGUAGGAAUAAACAGCUGGAGUUCCCUUUCAUGUCGCAAGAGGAAAUUCAGGAUGUUUUAAAAACGCACAUGCAGGAUUGCCCUGAAGAGCUUAUUGCAGAACUUGCUGAACAUCUAAUAAGGCCUUUAACAAAAACUUACCAGGAAGUUGUGCGUUCUGUUUUCACGUCUUCAACAUCUUCCUCUGGAGCUAACAGAAGACAGACUAUGAAGGACCUGCAGGAGGAAUUCUCAAACUUGUACAACAACAUUCGAUUAUUUGAAAAGGGAACAAAGCAUUUCGCAGAUGAGACUCAGACUAACCUUUCCAAACACCUGUUGAAGACUGUCUGUACAGACAUUACAAAUCUUAUUUUCAACUUCCUAGCAUCUGAUUCAAUGAUGACAACAGAAAAUUAUUCUACGAUCACGAGUGAGGUCCGGACCAAGAUUUUAGGUAAAUUGCCAGAAGACACAAGAGGUCCUUUGACUAAACUGCAUACUUCUCUGAAUGGCAAGAGUAUAGAAGAUUUUCUUUCAUGCCUCGAUUCUGCAGUGGAUAUUUGUGGUAUUAUGGUGAAAAAAGGAGACAAAAAGAAGGAAAGGCAAGUCCUGUUUCAGCAUAGACAAGCUUUGAUUGAACAGCUAAAAGUCACAGAAGAUCCAGCUCUUGUUCUGCACCUGACAUCAGUGCUGUUAUUUCAGUUUUCAACCCACUGUAUGCUUCAUGCACCAGGAAGAUCAGUGCCACAGAUCAUUAAUUUCCUAAGUGGCAAGAUCCCAGAGGAUCAGCAGUCUCUGUUAGUCAAAUACCAGGGAUUAGUAGUCAAACAGUUGAUCAGCCAGACCAAGAAGAUUGAACAGGGAGACAGUGACACAACAGAUAACCUGGAGGAGGAGGAAGGAGCAGAUGCUAUUCGAAAAGAGCUCCAGGAAAUCACUACCUCUAUCAAGGAUCUUGUUCUCAGACCUAGGAAAUCUUCUGUAACAGAGGAGUGA